UCAACUAUAAGACAGAACAAACCGUAUUUUCUGUGAGCUUCUUUGUGAAGGUGUUUUAUCCCAACAACAGAAAAAAAAUGGCCACCCAGGGAGAAGCCUUUGAGGAGAGGAUUUGUGAAUUUGAUGAUGAUUCGGCCUCCGAGUUAUCUGCUCUUCUGGGUGUGGAUACACUUCAGGUCUUAAAAAGACAGCAAGAAGAAGACCAUAAAUUACGAAUGAAAAUGAAGAAAGGUUUUAACCCACAGAUGCGCAGUGAAGCAAAACGAUUAAAGACUUUCGUGACCUAUGACACAUUCAGAUCAUGGACACCACAGGAGAUGGCAGCCGCUGGGUUUUACCAUACUGGGGUGAAACUUGGGGUUCAGUGCUUCUGCUGUAGCCUAAUCCUCUUUUGCACCAGACUCAGGAAUCUUCCCAUAGAAAGCCACAAGAGAUUGCGUCCGGAAUGUGCGUUCCUUUUGGACAAAGAUGUUGGGAACAUUGGCAAGUAUGACAUAAGGGUGAAGAGUCCAGAGAAGCUGAGGGGCAGCAAAGCAAGGUACCAAGAAGAGGAGGCCAGACUGGAGUCCUUUGAGAACUGGCCGUUCUAUGCCCAUGGGACAUCGCCACGUGUACUCUCAGCAGCUGGCUUCGUCUUUACAGGUAAAAGGGACACCGUGCAGUGUUUCUCCUGUGCUGGAUGCUUGGGAAACUGGGAAGAAGGAGACGAUCCUUGGAAGGAGCAUGCCAAGUGGUUCCCCAAGUGUGAAUUUCUUCGAAGUAAGAAAUCCUCGGAGGAAAUUGCCCAGUAUAUUAAAAGCUACGAGGGAUUUGUCCAUGUUACGGGAGAACAUUUUCUGAAUUCCUGGGUCAGAAGAGAAUUGCCUAUGGUGUCAGCUUACUGCAAUGACAGUGUCUUCGCUAAUGAAGAGCUAAGGCUGGACACUUUCAAGGACUGGCCCCACACAUCACCUGUGGCUGUUGAAGCUCUGGCCAGAGCAGGCCUUUUCUACACAGGCAAAAAAGACACUGUCCGGUGUUUUUCCUGUGAAGGGUGUAUGUGUAAUUGGAAGGAAGGUGACGACCCAUUAGAAGAUCACACCAAGUUUUUUCCCAACUGUGUCUUUCUCCAAAACCUGAAGUCCUCUGCAGAAGUGAGUCCAGCCCUUCAGAGCCACUGUGGACUUCCAGAAGCCAUGGACAGCACAGGGAAAAGCAAUCAUGAGGACCCAGUGGCAGUUCCCUCCACCAUGGCCGACCUGGCUUUCAGGGAAGCCCAGUGGCUUCAAGAGGCAAAGAAUCUGAGUGAGCGGCUGAGAGGAGCCUACACCAAAGCUACUUUCCGCCACAUGGAUUUGCCAGAGGUGUGUUCCAGCCUAGGCACUGACCACUUGCUUGGGUGUGAUCUGUCCAUUGUCUCAAAGCACAUCAGCAGGCCAGUGCAAGAGGCUAUGAUGCUUCCUGAGGUCUUCACCAACCUCAGCUCUGUCAUGUGUGUGGAGGGGGAGACCGGCAGUGGGAAGACAACCUUCCUGAAGAAAACAGCUUUCCUCUGGGCAUCAGGAUGCUGUCCCCUGCUGAACAGGUUCCAACUGGUCUUCUACAUCUCCCUGAGGUCCACCAGACCAGACCAGGGGCUGGCCGACAUCAUCGGUGCCCAACUCCUUGAGGCAGGAGGAUGCAUUAGUGAAGUGUGCCUGAGCAGCAGCAUCCAGCAGCUAAGGCACCAGGUGCUGUUCCUAUUGGAUGACUACCGUGGGAUGGACUCACUGCCCCAAGCCAUACAAACACUGAUUACAAAAAACUACUUGUCACGAACCUGCCUAUUGAUCGCUGUCCAUACAAACAAGGCCAGGGCCAUCCGCCCAUACCUAGAUACAAUAUUAGAGAUCCAAGAGUUUCCUUUCUAUAAUACUGUCUCUGUACUAAGGAAGUUCUUCUCACAUAAUAUAAUCCGUGUGCGAAAGUUUAUAAAUUACUUUGGAAAGAAUGUGGAUUUGCAGGGAAUUCACAAAACCCCCCUCUUUGUGGCAGCAGUCUGUGCUGACUGGUUUCAAAAUCCUUCUCACCAGUCCUUUCACGAUGUGGCAGUUUUCAAGUCCUAUAUGAAAUACCUUUCCUUACAGCACAAGGCUACACCUGAGCCUCUCAAGGCCACUGUGUCCUCGUGUGGCCAGCUGGCCUUGAGAGGACUUUUCUCAUCUUGCUUUGAGUUCAGUAGUGAGGACCUCACAGAAGCAGGAGUCGAUGAAGAUGAAGAUCUGACCACCUGCCUGAUGAGUAAAUUCACAGCCCAGAGACUGAGCCCAGUCUAUCGGUUCCUAAGUCCUUUGUUCCAAGAAUUUCUUGCUGCCAUGAGGCUGACUGAACUCCUGAGUUCAGAAAGAAAGGAAGACCAAGAUCUGGGACUUGAUUAUUUGAGACAGAUUAACUCACCCUUGAAGGCUAUGGGUGUGUACAACAAUUUUUUGCAGUAUGUCUCCAGCCACCCUUCAUCAAAGGCAGCGCCAAUGGUUGUGUCCCACUUGCUUCAGUUGGUGGAUGGUAAAGAGUCGCUGGAGAACAUGUCUGAAGAUGAGGAUUGCGGGAAGCUCCAUCCAGAAACUUCUGAGAGAAUGCAGUUGAUUAGGGGAUUGUGGAAGUUAUUUCCUGAGUCUUUCUUUUCCUUCAUCUCAGAACAUCUACUGAGUGUUGCUCUAAACUUCGCUUAUGAGAGCAAGGCCGUCGCUACAUGUUCUCCAUUUAUUCUGCAAUUCCUUCGAGGGAGAACACUGUCUUUGAAUUGUCUGAAUUUUCAGUACUUUCGGGACUACCCAGAAAGUCUACUGUUACUGAAUAGUAUUAAGGUCUCCAUAAGUGGAAAUAGCAGGGUAAAGGCAAUAGAUUUUUCACUCAUGGAAAAAUGUUUUGCCAAAGUACAGCCACCAACUAUUGAUGAGGACUAUGCCUCUGCCUUUCAACCUGUGAGUGAAUGUGAGAAAAAUUUAGCUGAAAAAGAGGAGAUAAUAAAAAACUAUGUGGAUAUCCAACACCAGGCUCCACCCAACAUCGGUGCUGGCUAUUGGAAACUGUCACCCAAACGGUACAAGAUCCCUAGGCUGGAAGCUGCAGUGGCCAACAUGGGUCCCGCAGACCAAGCGCUGCUCCGUGUCCUGAUGGAGGUCUUCUCAGCAUCACAGAAUGUUGAACUCCUUUUGAACCACAGCAGUGGCUUUCUUGAAAGCAUCCGCCCUGCUCUGGAGCUGCAUAAGUCCUCUGUCACCAAGUGCUCCAUGUGUGGACUGGAGCUCAGCGCAGCAGAACAGGAGCUGCUUCUUACCCUGCCUGCCCUGCAGUCUCUUGAGGUCUCAGGAACAAACCAGUUACCAGACCAGCUCUUCGCUAACUUGGACAGGUUCCCAAACCUGAAGGAACUGUCAGUGAGUCUAACUGGCAAACCAGAUGUGCUUUCAGUCAUCCCUGGAGAUUUCCCAAACCUCCACCACAUGGAGAAGUUAUGCAUCCAAACUUCUGCAGAGUCUGACAUCUCCAAACUGGUUAAAUUGAUUCAGAACUCUCCAAAUCUUCAUGUUUUCCGUCUGAAAGAUACUUUCUUUUCGGAUUUUGAGUCUCUCAUGACUGCACUUGCUUCCUGCAAGAAACUCAGAGAGAUUGAGUUUUCUGGACAAUGCUUUCAAACCAUGCCAUUUGUCACCAUUUUGCCAAAAUUUGUUUCACUGAAGAUAUUGGAUCUUAAACGCCAACAAUUUCCAGAUAAGGAAACAUCAGAAAAGUUUGCCCAGGCUCUGGGUUCUCUCAGGAACCUGGAGGAACUGCUCCUUCCCACUGGGGACGGGAUCCAGCAAGUGGCCAGAUUGAUUGUCCGGCAGUGUCUGCAGCUUCAGCGUCUCCGAGUUCUUUACUUCGUGAAGACCUUGGAUGACGACAGUGUGAUGGAAAUCGCCAAGGGAGCAACCAGCAGAGGUCUCCAGAAACUUGAAAACUUAGAUCUUUCAAUGAAUCACAAGAUCACAGAGGAAGGGUACAGAAAUUUCUUUCAAGUCCUGGACAACCUGCCAAACUUGCAAAACCUGGAUAUUUCCCGGCAUCUUCCAGAACGCAUCCAAGUUCAGGCCACCACUGUCAAGGCUCUGAGUCAGUGUGUGUCCCGACUGCCCAGCCUCACCAGGCUCGGGAUGCUCAGUUGGCUCCUGGAUAAAGAGGAUCUGAGGGUGAUUAAUGCUGUGAAGGAAAGACACCCUCAGUCCAAACGCUUGAUUGUUCACUGGAGGUGGGUAGUGCCCUUCUCUCCUGUCAUUCAGAAGUGAAGGAUGAAGCCGAAGAUUACUGUCGGGUCUCAAAGCUCAAUUUUCUAAUACAUUUCACUCUAAACAAGCAUGGUGUACCCAGGACUUAAGAGACUAAGACAGUAAGAUCAAGAGGUUGAGUCCAGCCUGGGUUGCUAGCAAGACCUAAGCAGAACCUAACUAUUAUAUACAAGUCUACUCCUAAACUGCAUCAGGCUGGUAACUGAAAACCCACAUGCCCAUCACUAAACUUAGGAGCUAUGAAAGCAGGCCUUGUCAGUCCUCCUGUCUAAAGACUAGAGCCUCACUCAAGUUCACACCGAGAAUCCUUCAUUGCCAAAGUCAACCGGAAAGGCGGGGAAAGGAACACUGAUCUGUGUAAAAGUCACCACAUAGAUGGAGUAUUUGAUGGAGGUAAGGAAUGUCCAGUUUAAGGAUGAGUCAGUCCCACACAUGAUGAAGCACAAGUCGACUUUACCACAGGACGCAGACGACUCUUUCCAGAGAUGCUCUUUGGUGUUCGCAGGGUUUCUGUGCACUCACCAGCCUCGGUGUGGCCAUGCUUGCUCACAUCAUCUCUCAUCCAUGGCCAACGUGAGGAAGACUUUGGACUUAGAGAAAACUGAUUUUGUUGCAGAGGAUUUUGGGGAGUUACAUAUAUCA